AACCUGUUACUAAUUAACUAUAUGUUUGCACUUGCAGCAGGGAAAAUAUUGCAUUAUCCGCAUCAUUUUACCCAUUGUUUAGGAGCAUGGCCAGUAUUCAAAGGCAGAUUCCCCUUGGGGACACCAUAUGUUUAUUUUGUUUGAGAUGUUUAAACAAUCCUGUGGAUUUAAGGUGUUACCACAGGUUGUGUAAAAACUGUGUACAAAGUUACUGGGAGAAGACACAGUCUAUGAAAUGUCCUGUUUGUUUUAAAGAGAUAUUGUGUAUGGUGUCUUUACAAAUUGGAAAUCUCCUUUUGAGGAACAGGCAAGGUGAAAUGCCUUGGCAGAUGCAACCAAAGAUAUGGUUUCAAAAUACAAACACUGUGACUUCAGAGGAACAUGAAAAGCGUGGUACCACAAAGGAGAGGAGGGUAAAAUAUGAACCAGUACAGCUGAAGAUAUCAGCCUAUUUUAACAUCCAGGAAGCUGGUGCACCUGAGUUUAAAGUGGAGGAUGUCUCUCAUUUAAUGAAGCAGCCCAGAAGAUAUAGAUUAAAGAAAGAACCGCUUGCAAAAGUUGAGAAGAAAAUUCAUUCUUCCCAUUUGAGGUCUUCUGCGAGACCAUCAUCCAGUGAUGUACCAAAUACAAGUAUGAACCCAAUAGAUCUGAAAGGCCAAACUCCUUCAGAUGCCUCAUCAUUAAUGGCCCUGAAAGCAAAUUUGUGCACCAAGUGUGGCAAAACAUUUGAAAGCAAAUCAGACCUGAAAACCCAUAAGAAAUCCCACUCUGUACAGCGGUCAAAUUGUUGCUCCACCUGUGGAAAGCAAUAUGCUAGAAAGCAGGAACUUGAAUUACAUCAGCGGCUACAUAAAAAUGACAAGCUGCUAUGUUGUGGCUAUUGCCAAAAGAAGUUCACAAGGAGGAGAGACCUGAUAUGCCAUGAAAGAAGCCACACAGGAGAGAAGCCUUUCCUCUGUUCUUUGUGUGGGAUAGGUUUUGGUAGGAAAAGCACAUUAAAACUGCAUAUACAGCGACACAAGGGGAUCAAACCGUACCAGUGCGACCAGUGUGGAAAGUCUUUCCAUACAUCGGCAGACUUAAGGAUGCACAAGGCAAGACACACUGGAGAAAAGCCCUUUGCUUGCCAUCAGUGUGAAAUGAGAUUUGUUAUGAAGUCUCAUCUGGACAAUCAUUCGCGCAAACACGCAGAAGACGCGCCCUACAGUUGCCCAGUGUGUGGGAAGGCUUUUAGGUGGAAGCAGAGCCUUACCAUCCACCAACUUACUCAUCAGGAAGAACGACCGUUUAAGUGCCCAGACUGUGGCAGUAGCUUCAAACGAGCCCACCACCUCAAGUCACACCAGAUUAUCCACUCAAGUGACAUGCCAUACAAGUGUAGUCAUUGUGGCAAAGCUUUCAAGCAUCGGAAUUAUCUUAAGAUUCAUGAACGCUUACAUACAGGCGAAAAGCCCUACAGUUGUGAUCAGUGUGAGAAGCAUUUUGUAUCUUCGGGAGACCUGAGUGUCCAUAGACGAGUUCACUCUGGAAAAAGAAACUAUAAGUGCUCAGAGUGUGAGAAGACUUUUCGUUACAUGCCGGCCUUGAAGGUCCACCAGAGAACACACACUAAUGAAAGACCGUACCAUUGCCAUGAGUGUGGUAAAAGCUUUUUUGCCUCUUCUCAUCUCCGAACCCAUGAAGAUAUGCACAAAAAUGAGCGUCACCACCGAUGCACUGAGUGUGGUCAAGGUUUUAACUCCUCCAGCACUCUGAGGUCCCACCAGAUGACCCAUUCGACCAGGACAGAGUUCCAUUGCGAUGACUGCGGCAAGAUUUUCCUCCGUAAAAAUACCUUUAAAGCUCACCAACUGCUCCAUACAGGGGCCAGAGCCUACAACUGCUCAGAGUGCGGAAAGAGCUUUAGCAACUCCAGCAAUUUACGACGACACAUACAGAACCACAACGUAAAGACAAUGUAUUACUGCAGCGAGUGCGAGAAGAGUUUCAGUAGUACAGGAUACCUGAGGAAGCACCAGUUAGCUGUGCAUGCAGCAGAGAAGCCAUACAUCUGUGCAGAAUAAGGAGAAAGCUUUGAUGCUGUGAUAUUGCUAGCUGAAAAACACACAAGGUUUUUAUUGCAUUGGAUGAAAGUAUCAUUUGAAUUUAUAUUCCAAAAAUGACAAACUGUCUGUUGCAUAAUUCUAUCAAAUGAGGUAAUGUACUUCUGAGAAGGUCUUUUGUUUUGUAUUUUUUUUACCCUGUAUUUCAGUUUCAGAGAUUUAUUUAUUCAUUUUGUUUUACCCCAAUCCUGAUCGCUAUUUAUGAUUCUGUAUUCUUGUCAAGUAUCUACAUUCUAAGUUUGCUUUAGCAAUCGUUUUUUUUUUCUUUCGAUAUCUAUAACUAAUAUUUUCAAGUUUGCCCUUGGCAUGCAGUGAUAUGCUAAAUGGUAAUGUGAAUUUAAAUGUAAAAUAAA